AUGUCGGAUCUGGGCUCUGAGGAGUUAGAGGAGGAGAGGGAGAAUUAUCUUGGGGAAUAUGAAGGAGACCGCAAUGAGGCAGGUGAACGACAUGGAAAGGGGAAAGCAAUAUUGCCCAAUGGGGAUAUAUAUGAUGGACAAUAUGAAUUUGGCAAAAGACAUGGCCAGGGGACCUACAGAUUUAAGAAUGGUGCUCGAUACAUUGGAGAAUACAAAGAAAAUAAAAAGCAUGGUCAGGGCUUGUUUAUCUAUCCAGAUGGAUCAAAAUAUGAAGGAGACUGGGCAGAUGACCAAAGGCAUGGCCGUGGAGUUUAUUACUAUGUAAAUAAUGAUACAUAUACUGGAGAAUGGUUUGCCCACCAAAGGCAGGGGCAAGGCACAUAUGUUUAUGCUGAGACUGGCUCUCAGUAUGUUGGUACUUGGAUAAAUGGACAACAGGAGGGAUCAGGAGAAUACAUUCACCUCAACCACAGAUACCAGGGCAAGUUUGUAAAUAAGAAUCCAAUGGGCCCUGGAAAGUAUAUUUUUGAUAUUGGAUGUGAACAACAUGGUGAAUAUAAACUUGCAGAUAUGGAAAGAGUGGAAGAGGAAGAGGAAGAGGAAACUUCAACUGCUAUUCCAAAAUGGAAAGCUCAAAAAAUUACUCCAUUAGAACUCUGGAAACCAACUCCUGUUGAAGAACCACCACAACUUGAUGUGCCACCAGCACCUGAAGAGCCCCAAGCUCCUUCAGAAGCUGAUGGAGAUAUGAUGGAGGAUAUCCAACUUCCUGAUUUUUCAGAAGUAGAAGACCUUGAAACACUAAUUAAACAGGGAGAAGAAGUUGAAGAAAUGAGGGAUGAAAGCAGAGAGGAAGCAUUAAAUGAGGAGGAAGAGGAGGAAGGAAGAUGA